AUGGAGGAGCAGUCAAUUCCACAGUCCCAGGAGACAAGCAAUGCAGCAAUCAAAGCUCUAUUGAAACGUUUGAAAUCCAACCCAUGUCCCCGCGUCUUGAACCCGCCAAACUGCAAAAAGCGAGCAUCGGUCUCACUUAUCAUUCGUUUCAAGCCACAGCCUAAGGAAAAAGCAACCUAUGAUCCGAGCAGAUGCUCUGUUGCCACCAGAUCAUUCGACGAUUGCUUAGACAAUUUUUUCGACAAUGAAUGGGUAUGCCAUAGUAGUCCGGAGGUGCUGUUUAUUAAACGGGCGGCACGGCUUGGUGAUCGUUGGUCCAACCAGGUAGCAUUGCCCGGUGGAAAAAGAGAUCCUGAGGAUAUCGAUGAUCGCGCAGCAAGUGUCCGCGAAACAUUUGAAGAGACAGGAUUGGAGCUGCAGCAGGACCAUUGCCUGCCUGUAGGUAAUCUGCCAGAACGUCUUCUCACCACGGCUUGGGGCAAGCUGCCUUUUCACCGCGCUUCACUGACCUUUAAAAGCAUAAUGGUGCUUUGUCCCUUCGUCUAUCUUCUCAUGCGUUACGAUACACCUCCACUAGACCUACAGCCCGCUGAGGUUCACUCGGUCCAUUGGGUGUCGCUUCAUAGCCUGCUAGCGCCUGCUUCGCGAACUUGCGAAUAUGCUGACAUUUCAGAUCGGGCCCAGUCUGGCAAUAGCGCUGUAGUGAAGCGUCUCGUUCGUUUGACUUCUGGCCAGAUGGUGUUCAGCGCCGUGGAGCUGCAUCCAUCCGAGAGUACAUUCUCUUCCCUUUCUAAAACCUCUAAUGAUAAUUAUAACCCACAUUCGCGAGAUGAGAGACAAAGACUACUACUGUGGGGCCUGACCUUAGGUAUUGUGGCAGAUUUCCUUCAGUUCUAUAGUCCUGACGCGACUAAACAAUUAUGGCGUUGGCCUACUUUCUCGCACUGGGAUAUCCGCUUCAUCGUUUGGGCCCUGACUCGCUCCUAUCGAGCACGAAAGAUCCGAGAAGCUGAUGUAGUGAAGAACCCAAUUGCAAACGAUGCUAGCUCAUUCUCUUUACAUGGUAUGGAUCCUGCUACCUAUGCCACAUCCAUGGCAGGAGACAAAUUGGGAUCGCGGAUCGGUAUCGCAGGGGGUCACCUUCUAGACGAAUAUUUUGACAACAUGAAGAGGGCUGUAAAUCUAGCACUAGGCAUCAGGGUAGGAGUGCUCUCCUCCGUCUUGGCCUUAAUUGCAUACACAUCCCUCAAAAGACGUCAACAAAGAUGUGCUUUGUGA